AUGUCGUCAAAACUUCCCUCCGUCCUAAGCGCAACUGACGAGGAGAUUCAGCUUCUCCUGGCAGCGCAAUGUCACAUCGGCACGAAAAACUGCGAUAAGCAGAUGGAGCCUUACGUCUGGAAGCGCCGCGUUGACGGCAUCCACAUCCUCAACAUUGGCAAAACUUGGGAAAAGCUUGUCUUUGCUGCACGUGUGAUUGCUGCUGUUGAGAACCCCAACGACGUCUGUGUCAUCUCUGCUCGCCCCUACGGACACCGUGCAGUCCUCAAAUUUGCUGCCAACACUGGCGCACAAGCCAUUGCCGGCCGUUUCACCCCUGGUUCCUUCACGAACUACAUCACCCGCUCUUUCAAAGAGCCCCGUCUUAUUGUCGUCACCGAUCCUCGCGUUGACCAUCAGGCGAUUCGCGAGGCUUCGUAUGUUAACAUCCCCGUCAUUGCUCUUUGCGAUACGGAUGCACCUCUCAAGUUCGUUGACGUUGCCAUCCCCACGAACAAUAAGACUCGUCAUUCGAUUGGUUUGAUUUGGUGGUUGCUGGCACGAGAGGUGUUGAGGCUCCGUGGAACAAUCCCUCGCACCCCUGGCGGCUGGGAUGUCAUGGUUGACAUGUUCUUCUACCGCGACCCUGAAGAAGUGGAGAGGCAACAACAGGAGGAAGCACAGGCCAAGCUUGCCGCUGCCGAGCCAGAGGUCCAGGGUGGUCAGUCGGAGUGGGACGUUGGUUCCGCUCCUCAGCCAGGCUCGAUCAACCCUGCUCUUGUUGCUCAAGACGGUGGUGCUCUCGACUGGGCAGCAGAUGCUGGACCUGGUACUACCGAUUGGUCAGCGGAGCCUGCCGCUCCAGGUGGUGGAUGGGGAGCGGAAGCCCCUACUAGCGGGUGGGAUUAG